AAGGGCGCUCACGUGACCACGCGCGGCGGCGGCGGCGGCGGCGGCGGCGCGAGAUGGUGGCAAGGUUGGCGCGUUUCGUGCUGCUGCUGGGGCUCGCAGGGCGCGGGCCCGCGCCCGCAGGUGCCGCCAAGAUGAAGGUGGUGGAGGAGCCCAACACGUUCGGGCUCAACAACCCGUUCCUGCCCCAGACCAGUCGCCUCCAGCCCAGGAGGGAUCCUUCUCCCGUGUCUGGGCCCGUGCAUCUCUCCAGACUUUCUGGCAAGUGCUUCAGCCUGGUGGAGUCCACGUACAAGUACGAGCUCUGCCCGUUCCAUAAUGUGACGCAGCACGAGCAGACCUUCCGCUGGAACGCCUACAGUGGGAUCCUCGGCAUCUGGCACGAGUGGGAAAUCGCCAACAACACCUUCAGGGGCAUGUGGAUGAGGGACGGUGACUCCUGCCACUCCCGGAGCCGGCAGAGCAAGGUGGAGCUCACCUGUGGCAAAACCAACCGGUUGGCCCACGUGUCUGAGCCAAGCACCUGUGUCUACGCACUGACCUUCGAGACGCCCCUCGUCUGCCACCCCCACUCCUUGUUAGUGUACCCGGCCCUGCCCACGGCCCUGCAGCAGAGGUGGGAUCGGGUGGAGCAGGACCUGGCGGAUGAGCUGAUCACAUCCCAGGGCUACGAGAAGUCACUCAGGGCGAUUUUUGAGGAUGCUGGUUAUUUAAAGACCCCAAAACAAAGUGAAUCGGUGCAGCAGGAAGGAGGUGCCAAGGGCCUGGUGUUUCAGACGCUGGAGAGCUGUAACGAGGCUCAUAAAGCCCUGUCAAAGGAGAUGAAAAGACUUAAAAGCAUACUGACCCAGCACGGCCUCCCCUACGUGAAGCCUGCAGAAACUUCCAGCUCUGAGCACUUGGGUCCCAGGACACCCACGGACAAGACAGCAGAGCUACUACGAGGCGACCCUGGACUGCGUGGGAACACCCUGUGAUCUGAGGCAGGAGGAGCAGGGUGACAGGUCACAGCCAGAGGACACCUUCCUGUUCCUUCUGUGCCAGCAGGCUCUCGGGGUUGUGUGCAAAGAUGCAGACAAAAUAAAGAUUCAAAGUUUUAAUUAAUUUCCCUACUGAUAAAAAUAAUUCCAUGAAUUCUGUAAA